AUGCGCGCGGUGACGAACACCGUCGCGCCCGCGCGCGUCGCGCGCGCGUCGGCGCGCGCGAACGUCGCGCGACGAUCGCGUCGCGCGAUCGCGGUGUCGCCGCGCGCGAACGCCGCGCAGGUGGUGGCGCAGACGGCGAUCGACCUGAACGAGGAGACGGUGACCGCCAUCGGGGCCGCCGUGCUGGGCCUCGGCGCGGGGCUCGGGAUCCCGAUCUUCUUCGUGUGGCAGGAGCGACGGGAUAAGGAGCGAUUGGAAGAGAUUCGCGAGCUGAACAGGGCGACGCUGAAGGCGACCGGGGAACAAAUGUCGCCGGAGGAGAUCGCGGAGCUGCGCCCGAGUCGGUACUUGGAUAGACGCGAGUUUAAGGAUGAUGAUUAA